AGAUAAUACACAUAUUUCAUUGACUGACAAUUCAGAUAAAUUAACGCAAGCAAACUGAAAUGGCACAGGCUGCGUCCAAAACGUGUGAGAUAUGUGUGUCUAGUCCUGGACAUAACUACUGUGAACAGUGUGACCAGCUGUUUUGUGAUGGAUGUAAAAUAUCGCAUUUACGGACAAAGAUGACAAAAAAUCACACAUUUCUGAGUGGUCCAAAUAUAAACCCGGAAGUUAAACUUUAUUGUAAAGAACAUGAUGAAAACUUUAUAUAUUAUUGCCUGGAAUGUAGUACGCCAGUCUGUAAGAUGUGUGCUAUUAAAAAACACAAAUCUCAUGAUUUUGCUGAAAUCAAGGAAUCAACUGAAGGAAUCAAAGCUGAGGUCAAAAUGCUGAUCGAUAUGAAGAUGAGAAACCUGCAGUCAAAGAUAAAAAAUAUAGACCAAGGGUCAACUAAAUAUCAACUUGAUGUACAGAAAGUUAUCCAGGCUAUAAAAGAAGAAGGCAGACACUUGAAAGAGAUGAUUGAUACGAAAAUCGAAGGUCUUAUGCAUACGCUGAAGGAGAAGGACACAGGGAAUGUUCAAACCUUACAGUCUGUUGGCAAUGAGUUAAAAACAGCUUUGGAUAAGGCAAAGGAGCAACAGAAGUUUUAUCAAGACACGCAUGGUAUAAAAGAUACGACGAAAUUGUUACAAAAGCUAAAACAAAUAAAAUCGCAAAUCGAUCAAAUACAAGAAAUACAGAUUCCCAUUAUGCCAUCAGUCAAAUAUGACAUAAAGACAGUAGCAGAGGGAGAAAUAGAGAAACUGUUCGGGGAACUAACAUUUGGAGAAACUGUCAAAAAAGAAGAAAACCCGAAACCUCAGAAGAACGUCAGAGAAAAACCUAUGUAA